ACUGGGCAGCGGGCAGCGCCCAUAAUUUGGUGGUCUGUCCGCCGAGAGGAUGUGUGAAAAUUUCAAUGUCGGCCUGGGGCGUUUGAAAAUGCAGCUGGCCGCGCAAAUGUGCAUUCAAAUGGAUCUUUUGUUUGCCGGCUUUCACUGCUGACGCCGCUUGGCAUUUGUGUGUUUGGCAACGCAUUUCACACUUUGAGUGGUGAAAAUCUCUCUGACGCACAACUCAAAAACUGAACCCAAAGCUGAAAUCAUCGAAAUAUAAUCUCUGAAAAAAAAGAAAACCCUGGAAAAUGGUGUGGGAUACUCAGGAGUGCAGCAAUCAAGAUGACGAUUUCGAACGGCCCAGCAGGACACUGAUUUUGGUCAUCUUCACCCUCGCCGUGUUUCUCAAGUUGUUCAUCAUUCUGUUGGAGAUUAUGUCCUGAAGGAAUUACCUGCAAUGAGAGAAGGGAAAAGGUCGUAAUUAGUUGCUGUUUUCUUUCAUUUUCCCCAUUUACAAAGAUACGUGUAAACAAAGAACUAUAAAAAACCGAUUCAGUGGGAUCAAAUGUUGAAGU